AAAGCAUGUGGGGUCUUGUCCGAAAUGCUGAGCAGGACUUGGACGUGAAUGAAAAGAGAGGAAGAAAUUCAGUUGAGAAGAGUACGAACAAGUCCAAACCAGCUCUCCUGACCUAUUUAGCUGGUCUUCGAAAUGUUCUUGUGAGGACAAUACAUUGCCAUCUAACAAUAUGCCACUAACUCCUUUUGUGGACGGCUGGGACUUUGCAGAGACUCUGGGCGAAGGAGCUUACGGAGAAGUGAAAUUAGCCAUCAACAGAAAAACGAAGCAGCCCGUAGCUGUAAAAGUUAUCGACGGCAACAAGCCUCAUGUAGCCGCUGCGAAGAGUGACAUACGAAAAGAAGCGUAUAUCCUGACUCUCCUGUCUGAGGUGAAGCGUGACUUCUAUCUACCUAUUGUUCGCAGCUAUGGGCACAGAGAGGACGGUAAUGUACAGUUCAUAUUCCUCGAGUUCAUGUCUGGCGGAGAGCUGUUUGAUCGCAUCGAGCCAGGCGAAGGAAUGCCUGAAUCCCGCGCUCAGCGCUACUUCUGCCAGCUUCUACAUGGCGUGGAGUAUAUUCAUCAUCGUGGCAUCACACAUCGCGAUCUCAAGCCUGAAAACUUGCUAUUGGAUGCCAAUGACAAUCUGAAGAUCACAGACUUUGGCCUGGCCACGUUGUUCAUGAACGAUGGUGCGGAGAGGAUGAUGGGCCGUAGCUGUGGAACACCACCGUACAUUGCACCGGAGGUGUUGCGCGGCCGACCGUAUCACGCACGCCCCUCCGACCUCUGGUCGUGCGGUAUUGUCCUGGUUGCCAUGCUGAGCGGCGAGGUGCCGUGGGACGAGCCAUCCACGGUGUGUGCGGAGUACUUGGCAUGGUGCGAUAAGAAAACCACUGGCCCGCCGUGGAGUCGAAUAAGCAUAGAACCACUGGGGUUGCUGCGUAAGAUGCUCAAGCCAUCGGCAGACAAGCGGCCCAAGAUGUCCAAGCUAAAAGAAGUCAAGUGGGUGGCACAGGGCCCCCAGUGGAGUAGCUUCAUGCGAGCACCGUCAGCUGCUUUCCCUGUGUCUGGCUCGCCGCCUGCCAAGCGGAAACCUGUGUAUGCGGCUGCAGCCGAUUCACUAGUCUCCGCGUCACAGCCUCUGCCGAUGAGCCGAGACAAAGACGACCCGGCAGAAGGAGAAGACCAGGACGAUGGCUCCAUCUCCAACUUCUUCUUGUCUCAGCCGCUGUACCCUGACCAGAUGGUGUGCAGCCAGGUCAUGGCCACGCAGGAGUGCAGCAACCCGCUUCAGCAGCUCGUGCGACGUCUGACACGAUUCUGGAUGAGUUGCAAUGCCGAGGAGGCCGUGGAGAGGCUCAGUGAAGCUCUGAAAAAGCAACACGGCCCCAUGUUCUCACAGCACGGCAACGAUCUCACGGUCAGUGUGCAGGAUCGCCGCCGCAAGGGGCUCAUCUACAAGGUGCGGAUCAUCGACAGCGCAGAGUCAGCCGAGCAGCGUGUGCUCAUCGAUUUCCGUCUUUCCAAAGGCGAUGGUAUUGAGUUCAAGAUGUUCUACCAGAAAAUCCGUGAUAAGUGCAAGCAGUUCAUUGUCAGCUUGCCACUACCUUAGGUCGGUUGUCCCUGGUCACCCGUGCAAUGGCUGACUGUGUCUUCGCAUGGUACCUGCAAGUUGGUGCCGUAUUAGUUUCGCCCAGUGUGUGUGUGUGUGUGCAUGUGUGUGUGUCUGUGCCAGGUAAACGGUGCAUACGUGUGUUGUACAGUACUAGCUUAUUUUCCGCACAUUGCGGCCCGGCUGGUCAGCCACACACAGUGGUCAUCUUCCGCAUAGCAUUACACUCAACCACCUCUCGUUCUGUGUGCCUUGUCUUCGGAUUUCGGCCGGUAAGUCAUUCUCUCGGCAUUCAAAGACCCCGACUAUCGCGCACCCCUGUUCCUAGGUGUGUACACCCAUUCUCCACAGUGUGUGGUGCUUUGCUUUCUUGCUUGUGUGAAUACCAUCAUAGACUGCUUGAUGAAGUGAGGCCCACCACUUCUCGCAGUGGCGCCACAAAGGAACCCUACCCAUCUCAUAUUUCACACAGUAAAAACUUCUUUCUACUGAACCACCCUCAAUGUUUUCUUCUACCAAAGCUGGACUUUUCUUACUUCUUUUUAACACCAUGAAACACAGAUCUAUAACCAAUUUCCAAACAAUACAAAAAUCCCAUCCCAUCACUCAA